CGCUGGAGCUGAGAGAGCUCCGGAGCACGCCCGAGUCUCCGGAUCUCAUGGACUGGGGGACACCCAUCACACAAGGAAAAAUGAAUUCGAAUAUUUUUCUAGUACCUGUGUAUUGCUCAUGGUGCUUUGAUUCGUUCGGUCGAUUAAAGGAAUAUCCCCAAACGGAAAUCGUAUAAUACACGAUGUAACAAAAUCUCGGAGAAUCAGUACCGUUUGUAUAUAUAGGUACGUAAGAAAAGAAGGAAAAAAAGAGUGCGAGUGGGCUGGACAUCGCACGAGAUUCGCGACAGGAAAAGUGUAGCAAAGUCGACAACUCGUUUGGGUUUUCCUUAGUAUUUACCUCCGUAUCACGAGCACAGUCACGGUAUAAACGUGGAAGCUGUUUUACGAGUGUGUGUGUACCAGUUUCAUCCUUGUUGUGAGUGGAUUUCCGUGUGCAGUGUGUGGGUGCGUGAGUGCGCGCGCGUGUGAGUUCCUCGCCGAGCCGAUGGGGUUGUCUCGAUUACUGCUCGUCUUUGGGCAUUCGUUUCCUCACCGCUCAACGAAAUACCCGGUAAAAUCAUGUGAAUGAAUAGUCCACGAGUUAAUAAUCGAGCUGCGGGCAACGGAGGAGCGCGCAGUAUUUAUUUAUACGGAUAUACGUAUAUAUAUAGAAAUAUAUAUACAUAUAUGUAUACCUAGGUAUAUGCAUAUAUACACGUCUAUACGAGAGCGGUUGACGCCGCUGCGCGGCCAGCGAGACGACUGGAUGACACUGCACGCCGCCCGAGUGUCGAGUGUCUCGUGUCGUCGCUGUGAGUUAAACUAAAUAAGAGAGCGCCUCUUCCCUCUUCCAAUAUAUAUUAUCGUGAAUCGUGAAUAUUAAGAUUAAUUAAUAAGUGACGGGAAUCGAAGUGAAUCGAAGCGAUUAUCGCUGAUAUUCCAUUGCAUAUCCUCACGUUUCUUCAGCCCGACGUUCGUGUCACAAGGGCGCGUAGUUAUUCCCAGAGGCAAGUGGAAUAACGCACACGAAAAGUAGUGGGAAUCCGCACGAGAAUUCCGUGACGUAUAGUGCGCCUGCUGAAGAAGCUUCGUUUCUUCUUUUCGUCGCUAAAGUUUCAUUUCCAUAGAAAUAUAUUAGUUAGACAGAAAGCUUUGAAAGAAGCUAGUGCUUGUGUGAACAUGUACACGCUUUAUCUGUCGCUACGAUGGUUCGUCAAUCACUAUUUAACGAUGGGUCCCGUCUGAUGGAUCGACGCGAAGAUUUCGUAAAUAUUCAAGGGUCGCGCUUUCAAGUUCGACUGGAAAAACGUGAGAGGCGUUAUCACACCAUCGGCUACCUCAUGGACGCGUGGAUCUUGUUGCUCUUUUUCGCAUUCGCGGAUGUAGCAACAUCCGUCGAGGUUCAUUUCGAGAACAAGGAUGGCGGUUUUUUUCUCAAGCAUACGCCGAAGCAGUAUUUUCCAUCGAGAUCGGAUCCGCAAUCAUCGAUCGGGUCAGGGUCCGGGCAAAUGCCUGCGAUGCCAGGAGACGUGAUGAGUUCGUCGCCAUCGGUGAUCGUGCCGCCGCCAGGAUCGUUGUUGUCGGUCGACAAAUUCACGGUAUUUCAAACGAGCGAGCCGGCCUCGGUGAGGGCGACCUACGGGCCAUUCAGCACGAAACAGACAGUGCCAGCGCGGUACAUCGUGCCAGAUCCUUUGGAGGCUUUGCCAGGACCGGAAAUGCGUAGAAACGUGAGCGCGUCGUCGAGCGCUGCUCUGAUGGACGCCCAGGAGUUGGGAGCGCGUCAUCUUGACAUGUCAGCUCAUUUGGUCGGCUCGAACAUACCCAGAGAUUCGCCGGUGCUGAGAGUCCUCUUCCACGCUGGUAGCGAGGCCGGUGGCCGGCGUCAACUUCUCCUGGCGAGACAUCAACGCGUUUGCGUUCUGUUGCACGCUUCCUUGCCAGGAAAAAAUCCCUUGACGGCGACCUGCAGUCCUGACGGCGAGGAUGGGGUCUGCCUGGCACAAAUCACGAUACCAGCCGAUUGGUGGGCGCCGUUACCAGCACCCGACGCCUCGGGGAAAGUGAAGAUUGCGAAAACCCCGCCGAGAUUAGUUCAAGUCGCAUAUUCCGUUCUCGAGCCAAGAACGAUCGCGAUGGCGGAAGGAGAGCCUCUAGCUGAUGCUUCUGGCAACGGCUCCAGAAUGCAAAGUCAAGUCGACGGCUCAUCCGUUGGUGGAUGUCGGCCCAGAGUUCAAAUUCAACCCGAAACCCCACUCGGCAAUAUUCCACUCGCUCCAAAUCGAUCCGAAUACAAAGAACUUCGCGCUGAUGACUCGUUGACGCUUCUCGUACCUCAUGGACCUCUUUAUCCGAGGUCCCGACUCCACGUGCCGGCAUUUCUUUAUUCCCAAACUCUUCCAUCGUCGGCCGGCACCUCCUCUCAGCGACAUACUGCUCCUGGAACUUCCAUUUCUACGGUUAUUCUCAGAGCUAAGGUCAAGUCGGAAGUGCGAAUUUUAGACGCAGCGCCAAGCAGUCCUCACUGGAUACUCAAGUCGGAAAUAAAUGUAAAAAACACAGCAGCUACAUUCACGUUGAAACGACGGGAAAAUUCGCCGCGGUUGCCAAACGCUCCGGCAGAGGAGAUUAUGACGAUGCUAUUGGAAGCGAGCGAGGAGGGUGCUGGGAGCAGCAGCUGGGACGGUGGACGUAUCGCCUGGAGCGUUCGGUACGUCUUGGAAGGCGAUUCGACUCUGCAACCGCGAACUGGACGCGAAACGGACGAUGAUAUUCAGCCCGAGAGACAACAGCAGCAACAGCAUCACCAUCGUCGCCCGCAUAUCGAGAAAAGGAAACUUCAAGCACGACUGGAGAUACAAAAAGACGAUAUCCAAGCCGUUCUACCCAUUUCGAAGAAUUGGGAGGUGAUGAAUACCGCCGUAUUAACGGGACGUCAAGUGUCCCAGGCCAUGAAGGUUUUCAUCGUCAGUCAGGCCGGUACCGUAGCAGACGUAACGCUUCAAUCGUCGUGCCAUUCCGAAGACGAGAGUGUUCUCAAAGUCUCGUCAUCGUGCAGCAGCGUUUACGUGGAUGGUUCAGAAAUUCGUGGUUCGAGCAACGCUUCGGUUCUCGUGAAAUACGGAACGUAUACGGGUCUGGCUCGUUUCACGGUUUGGAUGCCGGAGUUUCCGUUGGAAGUGUCGGUCGGCGAUUCGAAAUUGAACCAGAUCAAAGGUUGGCGAGUACCGGAAGGACAUUUGUUACAGAAAAACAAACGUAGUUUGACGAACGAUACGCAAGAAAGCGGAAGGACAACGACGGUGCCGAGUUCUCGAACGAAGCGAGAUUCUCAAGGCAUCGAUGAGAACAACAACGAGGAUGAGGAAGACGACGAGGACAUUGACGCCGAAAGAUUUCGCGGGGAUGAUCGUUGGGAGGCGGUCAAUUCGAUAGAUCGAAGUCCUCUUCAGUUGAACUGCAGACUGCGAUUUCAGCAGAGCCCGAUCGAGGUGCACGCAAAAUUUUUUGCCGCUGGUCACGAUUCGGGACGCGAAAGUUACUUCGUCAAUCGACGAACUUGGCUCCGAGUCACCGAUCUUGUCGUCGGCUUGCUCAGGGUCUCCGAUCCCCGGAUUGCGACUCUUCUUCAGGAUCGAAUCGUCCAAGGACGCGGAGCUGGCCGCACCGAAGUCCAAGUACUUUCACCCAUUACUGGACGAGUCAUCGGUGCCAAAGAAAUUCGAGUCAGUAACGAUCGCGUCGCCAUCACUAGGCUCUCCGUCAGAGUUGUUUCCGGCUUACAGCUCACAAUCAGCCCCGACUCCGUUAUAGAAAAUGGAUACGUUGCCAGAACCUUCGUUACCAGGCGACUCACGGCCCAGUAUCAGGAAGGACUUUUGGAUAUUGACAUUGAAUUUUCGGAUAAUACACGGACUCCCUUGAGAGAUGUCGCUGUCAGUGAUUACCAUCUCGUCGUCGAGAGUCUGGAUCCUGAGAUCGUGGCAUUUGCUCCGAUGGUCGCCGCUCAUCACCCCCGGGUUAUCGCGGUCGGUGAAGGCCGCGGUGAUUUGCUACGAGUGACCGUACAAUUAGCAGAUGUUUGCCGACUCCCAUCAGGCGGAGUUCGUAGGUUCAAAGGUUCCUCGACGAGAUCGAAUGUCGCACCUUCACCCGCACUUGCCACCGCGUCGGCCAACGUCGAAGUUGACUUUGCCACGGGCGACCUUCCUCAUCGUCCUGAAUUUGUCCAAAACGAUGGCGGUGGCACUGUACAAGGUGGAUCGUCGCAUCACCAUCGGGACCGGAAACCGGGACGCGAACUUUCGACGGAUCUUCGUGAUAUUAUUAUUGGUGGAAUGGGUGGUUUGGGUGGACACGAGCAUGAAGAUUCGGAGAUGACACCACUCGAAAUCGGAAUGUAUUUCCUCCUAGCCGUUUUCUCUUUCGGCAUUGUUGUCUCGGUAGUUUCAUGCGUCGUUUAUGCGAGUAAGUUUAAGCCUCAACCGAAUGAUUCACCGUUGCCGAGUCUCCCAGUUCUCGGUGCAGCAAGAGCCAGAGCGGCUGCAAGUCAAUUGGCGAUGGGUCGAAGACCUCGAGAGUCUACGACCAACGCCCACGAUUGGGUUUGGCUUGGUCGCGCGACCCUGGAACGAGCGGCUUGCGCUCCUCAACAGGUUCGAGUUACCAACAAUCCAUUGGCUGGUGAAGAGGAAGUAGAUCCGAUGUUAGCGGAAAUCGGCACGAGCUUCGACAAUCCAAAUCACGUAGAAUUACCAACAGCAACGAGACCUAUCGGUUGGUCGGCGAGCGCAGUACCAAUCGAUACGACAACUUACUGCAAAAGAAACAAAGAAACACGAGGUUUGGUCACUAAGCCGAUCAAGGGAAUCUCGGGUAAAUCUCACAGUAAUGCAGGUGUGACGGCCAACGUAACUCAGCGAAACGGAAAUGAGGAGGGAUCCACAUCGGAUGUACCGCCGCCUUUGCCACCCCAUGGCAUCUCCGCUGCAAGCGCAGUGACGAUCCCAUCGGCGAGCAACGGUAACGAAGAUUACAAGCCGCCAGUACCACCGCACAGAAAUACGGGGGUAAUGGUCAGGCCUCCGGAAAAGCCGAAGAAACAUCACAGAGUAUCGAACGGUGGGCAUCCUAGUAACCAUCGUCAUCAUAUUAAACACCAUCACCAUCACCACCACCACGCAAAAAAUCCUAGUAAAAGUAAGCAAAUAGUAACGGCUGGGAUUUCUUCGCAAGUAAACGAAAAUCCGUGUAUUACUGAAACGGAUAGCGAAUUCGUGCUGGGUCAGAAUUCGCAGGAUGACAAAGCGACGAAGGAUGGAAAAUCGAAGGAGAUUAAAAGAGCAACGAUAAUCGGUAAUCCAAUGUUUUCAUCGUCAUCUUCGUCAUCCUCCUCAUCGUCGUCAUCAUCGUCGUCGAGUCACGAGACUGAGGAGCCUGUCGCAAUGGAUGAUCUCAAUCUAGACAUGGAUUACAAUCAGAUUAUGCAAUACUUCGAUAAUCUGAAGGAAUCUAACGCCUAGAGCAUCUCGACGUCGUUCGAUUGUGGGCGAUUCGAUUGAAUUGAUGAAAAGAUUCCCAGGCCCGCGGUGCAAUCAAAUAUUGUUCCUAACGUACUCCAACCCAAAACAUUCCCUUCCUACUUCAUCCGUUACUAAAAAUUUACAAUAUUCCCCGGGAUACUUUUCCUUCGACAGAUGAACGACGUCGAGAAAACGCCAUUGUACACACACGGAGAUCAUACGUUUGCGAUUCGUCGAGUCUCGAAAACGAAAAGAAAAAAAAACUUACAACCGUACGAACGAGUAACAAAGAAAAAAAUGCGAGAAAACUUCCUAAAGUCCUUCCUUCCUUCUGCGAUCGCGUCUUUGACAGUUUGCGGAAGGAUAGUAUUUAUAAUCCACGAGAUAUAUUGUACCGACAGAAAUAUAUCUUUCCGAUUAAUCGGUAAUCGCAAAGAUGGAAAUGGCAUAUUCGGUCAAGAGUAUACAUACAUCUUAUUUCCCGUAUGCUCCGAAAGAUUCGUGGAAUGCUUUACGUAAAUAUAUGUCAAUUAGAUUGAUGCAAACGAUGCUAUUUUUUCUUCAAACUUUAUUUCGUGCAGUGCCUCAGGAUAUCAACGAAACUCAAGUCAGAAAAUACAGGAUGAACGGGCAUCGUUGUGUAAUUAUCACUCAAAUAUUCCGGAUAAAUCAUCAUUUUCGCUGCAGAGUUCAACAAAAAGUUUUCUUGUUUUUCAUUGUUACAGCGAACUUGAAAAAAUUGGUCUUUUUAAUCGUACUCCAUUGAAAGGUUCGAGUUCGAGUGGCAUUUGAGAAAUAAACGCACUUCAUUCAAAGUAAAAGAUACAAAAAAAUAUUCGAAACUUUAGAAAAUUGAGCAAAGAGAGUUUAUAGUUGAGUACGAAGACUUGUGUUUCAUGUGAAUUUCGUGUCAGUGAGCAAAUAAACGCCUGCAUGAAAUGAAAUCGAGUAAAAAAACAUUUUGCAUCAGUCUAAUGUGUGUGUACGUAUGAGUGUGCGCGUGAAUGUGUGUGCGCGCUCGCGCGCGUGUGUAUGUAUACAGGAUUUUUCUUCGUCUGUCCGCGUAAAUAUUUUCCGAAAUAUCUGUUCGAAUUGAAAGUUACAGUGUUUCGGGGCUGAAAUAUCCGAGUUCCUGUUGUCUACGUUUUCUUUAAUUUUUUUCAUUCAUAGCUGAUUUAAAACGACCUAAAGUCUUGGAGGAAAAAAGUUUUGUCUUUUCAAAAAUUCCCCAAUUAAUCCCGAAGUUGGGAAACUCCGUCAACCACAGAAAACCUGUGUUAUUCGAUGAUACGCACGAAACAGUGACUCGUAUUUGAAAGAAUUUUUCGGACAACGUAUAUUUUGAGGAAUAUUUGCUUGGAACCGGCACACGAAAUGCCCUGUAUGUACAUAUAUAUAUUCUAGUCAGCUUCCUAGCAGCACUUAACUUGACGCGAAUGUUAACGACUUUAACCCUUUACUGGUAAUUAGCCGAAAAAUCGGUGCGGCAAGCGGCACACCUACGGAUAUGAUACCGCAUUUGAGUGUAAAAAAACGAAAUUCACGUUGGUUCCCACAUACACACACACGCACGCACAACUACACACACAGGGUCAUUGGUGUCUCGACGUGUCCCUCUCGGUAUGGGCUGAUUGCUAUUUGAAUGAAAAGUUAGAGACAGCAUAUAUUCGAUAGUUUUUGAGAUAUCUCGGUGUUUCUAUUUUGUUUUUCGAUAUUUGAAUCAUGAAAACAACAGAUUUAUCCAAUUUUUGUGCUCCGUUAAUGCAUUACGGAAUCGAGAUUAUUGCUGAAUUAGAAUUUUUGAAAGAGAAUUCGAAAGAUUAGAAAGGGUUUUUUUUGGAAUUUAUUUUCUCUUCUGUGUUCAACAAUUUUUAAUUCGAGUUAAUACGGUUUGACUAUUCGGGAAGAUACUCGACAAUGGGACUAUGCUAGCAUGCACGAGUUCUGUUUGUAACGGAAUGACGCCAUGAAAAAGGUUCAAAAAAGAAACUAUCCCAAAGGCUAUCGAAAUAUAGAUUAAUCUGUGAUGAGAGCGAUUCUCAAAAUGAUGCGUCUGGGUACCAUGAAUCCAGGAUUGCGAACGAUACCGGUCAAAAGUUAGAAAGUAUUCUAAAUAUUCGAUUAAAAUACGCUUUAUUUAUUUAUAGAGUUGUAAAAUCUUGGAAUCUCUUUAAUAAAUAAUUUAUUUUCUUAAUUAAGUUAAAAACUAAGAUUAGGUUCGAGAACCUAAUGAUAGUUUGAAUAAAUUGAAUAACGUAAUUGAAAGAAUGAAAAAUAGAAUAGAUUUCACAAAGUAACUUAACAAAUAUACAUAAGUGUUCGAAUAUUUAUUUAUUGAAGAAUUUUGUUGUCUUGUUUUUCGUGUGAACGUGUCUAAUUUGUAUUUUCUAUCGUUUAGCAGCAACACCUGUCAUAGUGUAGAUGCUACAACGCACGUGAAAGAAAUUUUCUGUUCUGAUGUAUAUAAUAAUACCUGAAAACGAUAAAUUCUUUUCAGAAUCGAGAGAAAUAUACUGUUCCAAACUUUUGAACGGUAGCGUAUAAAUACGUAUAUUCAUAAAAAUUGAACAAACUAAUUCGAUUUUUCAAAAAUUCGAGAUGAAAUGUCGGCUCCAUAUCUUCUUCGACUGAUUGCGUUGAGUAUUUGCGUGUCCAAAAGGGCUCAGCCAGAAUAUGUGUUGCUAAUCGAGCAAAAAAAAGAAAGGUGAUAAAUUAUUUACGCCGAGAGAAUGUAACGGUAAAAUUUUAAGCAAAGCACUUUAUGCUUGUCGCAGAGUGAGCUCCCAAGCAGUCAAAACUGUGUAAAAGACAUAAUCAUGAAAUUUCGUAGCUAUUUUUUCGAACCUUCAAAACAAACGUAUCCUCUCUCACUGCCCUUUUAUUCUGUCAUUUAAAAAUACAAUAUUUGAAUGAUUGGAAAGUAAUAAUUUAUAGUGUUCAACACGAUACUCGCUCUUGCAAGCUGUGCUGAUGAAAGCAUAUCUCCGAUUAUGACAAUAGCGCAAUAGAUUACGAAGCCGUCACAUCAGCCAUAGAAAAGAAAAAUAAUUAAGGGUUAGAGAAGAUAAAACAUGAGGUUUCAAUUAUAAUAUUAAUGUCGAACGAUCAGUCGAUAUAAAGACUAUAAAUGUCAAUAAAUAUCGUAUAUUUUCUACUGUCAGCUAAAAUGCUACGAUAUCUAAUACACACACACAUGCAUACAUACACACACGCACAUAGCCACACACACAUAUAUAUAUAAAUAUAUAUAUAAAUACAUAUAUACAUAAUCGUUUAAACGUGUCAGCACAAUUAACUUUACCAGUCCUGGGUUAAAGUGUCAACCUCGGUAUUCCCUGUAGCGCGAGUUUUUCGUUAACGAGAAUUACUUUGCGAAUCAAUGGAAAAAAAAAAACAGUGUUCUGGUUAUAAAUAAGAAGGAACUGGAGAAAGUUUUUCAAUCGUUUUAACAUGAACUUGCGUUAUCAGAAAUACUCUAUAGUUUACUUUCGUAAAAAUAUUUAUUCGAUUGACUGCAACGUCAUCAAGUUUGUAAAUUUUACUUUGUAAGAUUUUGUACAUAUAUUAUAGUUACGCAAAUAGUACAAGGUAUACCUAUAACGUAUUAAUUAUUGUAAAUGUAUUAUCAGCGCGAGCGCGUGAAGAAAUGGGAGAUAAAAGACAGCAAAAGAAAAUAAGAAAAGAGGUUUGUGGUCGCCAUAUUAUUAUUGACCAUAUUCGUUAAAUAUGUUGCUUCGAUCGAAUAAUAAGACUUGACAAAUUUUGCAAGAAUUCAUAUCGUAAACGAUAGGAAUUCUUGCAAUUCAUAAUUGGGCUAUGAAAACUAUAAAUAGGGGUAAAACGAACGAACAAACUGAGAAAUUGUAUUACACAAAAUUGUAAUUGUGUGAAAAUGUUGUGUUCAUGUCGCCUCAAAGUGAUAUAACUCUGGAUAACUCUGGAAUUUUACACUGCAGCAUUUAUAAAACGAGAAUAAGGCAUGCUUUUGUUUCCAUUUAAUUCAUUACCAAAAAAUGCAGUGUAAAAUACGUAAAAAAAAACUUAUUCUGGAACUAGCAUAUUUUUUUUUUUUUUUAGUUUCGAACAUUGGAAAUUUACAAGUGUCUGCAUAUUCUACUUUGACUUUUGAAAAUGCGGAUUGGAAACUCAUAUCGACUUACUCACGAGCCUCGAACGGAGCAAAAUUAUCACGUAACAUGGCACUUUUGAUGUUUAGACGUUACUUUUACGGACGGUUAUGCUACACGUGAACGAAUGGAAAUACACGAAAUGAUUUCUCGUUGAUCUUUAACUUUGAAAAUAAAAUAUAACACAGAAUAAUAAGGAAUGUCAGUGUGCCGAAAAUGUUUGCAAGUACUCUUCGCGUCGUACUUUUACCUCUAAACCAACAAAUGGCGCUUCGUAGCCGAAUGUUCAAUCACCUCAUAACUAUUGGCGAUUUCCGAAUGAUCUCUUAUUGCGCAAAACGACGAGAGCUGUCACAAAUACGCGUCGAGGUUUCCGUGAAUGAUCGAACGAAGAAGUAAGACUAACCAUGAAACCCUCAUCGAUAUACAAGAAAAAGAAAGACGAGUUAUUUAAGAUCCAAAUGCCGACGAUUAAUCCUCGAGGGAGAGAGAUAAAAAAGGGAGGAGAGCCGGUACGAGGAGACUAAGCAUGUAGAAUGUAAGCAUCUAUCUAGAGCUUGUAUGGAAUACAUUUCAUAAGUACCUUAACCGUAAUUUACAUGUUUAGAGCGCCAUUGUAGGAAAAUUAACGUAGCGGAGCAUAUGUAGUGGUAUGAACCUGUGAAAAUAGGAAAAAUUAAGAGAAAAAGAAAAAAGGAAAUGGCACAUAAAGGAUACAGCGAUAAUUAAGCGCGCGAUAAUGGUUAAAACGGAGGGGAUCGAGUACACAGAGAUGAUGAGUAUUCGAAUGAAAAACAAAUCCUCACGAUUGUUUGGAGAACCAAUUAUAACGAGUGUGAUUCGUCAAUGUUUUAAAUUUUCUUCCGCAAGCAAUCUCCAGAAAAACAAAACUCGUUUUCGAAGCAACUUAUUCAUUUGUCGUUUGAUAUUUGAAUUCGGAGAAAACUUUUGAUCGCGUUUGUUUUAUUUUUCAUUCGAAGUAUGCCCAUUUCUGGUUCAAUGGUGUCGACAUUGUGUGAAAAAAGGAAGCCCUUGGAAGGGAAUCUCAUUUUUGUUGAAAUAGCAGCCUACACAAAUCGUCAAUACGUUUGACCAUCUCUUGCCAUCAACAUUCUAGUCGAAUACUUAAAAAAUAAGAUUAAACUUUAAUACACAUAGCCUGAGACUGCGGGAUUAAUAGCUUGUCACUGGUAUUUAUGAGAUACCAAAUUGGAUAACGCGUUUUUAUUGAAAUACAAAGAUUUUUGAUGGAUUCCCAAAGUAACAAUUAACUCAUCUAAAUUUACGUCAAUUUUAUAUUUCGUUCGCUGUUAUUGUCGUUUAGUCGAUCCAUCUCAGAUUUUUAUUUUUAUUUUUUCUCUAGUUACUGACUUUGAGGACUUUGUCGUGCGACAACUCAAAAUAAUUCGGCUCUUGAACAGUAGUCAAUUUUAAAGUGCACGAGUAUAUCAAAAUCACUGCCUUUUAUACAUAUUCACUUAUUUAUCAUUGUAAUGAAAGAAAAAAAAAAAUUCUCAGGCCAUCGUGCUAAAUUAUAUUUCCAUUAAAAGAGACUAUUCAAACAUUUCGUUUAAAUACAAUUCAGACUCUCGACAAUUUUCUCCCACCACUGUAAGCACGACAACGUCCUUGAUACUGAAAUAAUAAAGAAGUCAAAAACGAACGCAGCAUCAGGCCCAUUAUCUCCAUCAAACUCUCCCAUCCCUAAGUUUUUCGCCAAUUCGCUCAAUCUUCGCAACCGAUAAAAAUCAUUCAAGCGUAUAUGAAAAGAGAAAAAAAAAACACUACGAAAUAACAGAAUAAUAUCACUAAUAAUAAAUAAAAUAAAAAGUCUACAACCAUCUGCCGCGUUUGUUAUUAAACUUUCGCUUAGGGAUGCACUCUGUCUCCUCUACCUCGUUGUAGCAUAUGUAUACCUCGCUAAUAUAACAUUUUCCAGUGUAUAAAUAACCAAUUGGUGAAAUAGCCACUCUUUUCUUCAUUCCUACUUCAAUCACCACAAACGUCACAAUCCCCUUGCCUUCCUCGUUAAUAAUUCUAUAAAAAGGGACGUUUAUUAUCAAUCAAUCGACGUGUAAUUUGCUAUACCUUACAUAUAUAUCUAUAUUUUGUAUACCUUUUGCUCUCUCCUUUUGACUUCAUCAUGCCUCCCCCUCCUGCCCCCUCACACAUUAUCCGCAAAAUCUCGUAAUUUUACCUCACAGUGAAUUUCCAAAUGAAAUCGCAACGUAUAUGAAAGGCUAUCCACGAAUUCAUUGGUCGAACGAAUUCAGUUGUAAUUCAGGUAAUUUCUAGGAUAUUCUUUUUUUUUAAUUUUUUCUAUUUUUAUUUCGUUUUAGAACUUUCCAAACCUUUAAUGUUCUCUUGAUAUAAACAAUCUUAACGAACUGUUUUAUUCCUUCACAUGGUAUUGUCUCAUCGAAAAAUCGAACAACGUUUCAUCUGUGGUCGCCCUGAUGUUUUUUUUUCUUGGCAAAAUUAUACUAAAGUUACUGAACUUUCGAACCAUCAACAAUAGACAAUCACACAUAUGUAUACUUCACUUGGAAAUGAGCUCACUCAUCAAUUUUGGCUCUUUUAUUGUGAAUUCGUGAACAUCCUGUGUACGUAUAUAUGGCCAUGAGGACUCGAGAAAUUGCGUUUUACGAUGAAUAUUAUAUUAUACUCCGUAUCAGUCGAUUGUAUCAGUAUAUACAUUCGUGUAUCUGUAUAAAAGGCCUCCCAUUUUGAUCUUUGAUUCGAAAAGUAUACUGUUUAGAGACGAGAACGAUACGACGACGAAUGAAGAGAAUUGAAACUGGAAUAAUGUCGUUGCAGCUCACAGGCUUGUUCAGGGUGCAAUUUUGAAUUUUUUGUUUUUAUCCCAGUGAGCAAACGUAAAUUUUCGUGGACGAGAAAGAACAUUUUCUAUGUUGUACAGGAGACUUCAUCUUCAUCUGACGAAAAUUUGUAUUAUGCUCAGUAAAAGUUAAAAUUUAAAGUUGCCCCUUUACUGGUGCUGUAACGGUUAUUUCUCAGUUUUAAUAACCCUUUCCGUUCCACGGCACGGGAAUUCUGAAAGUGGAGACAAGUUUCUGAGGUUCGAAGACAGCCUUCAAUUUUUCUUUCAGACUCGAAGGUGCUGUUAGAUUCCUAAAUUUAAUCAUGUACGUCGUACUUAAGCCGUUUUAGUAAUUUCGCUAUUCAAUAUCACGUCAUAACGUUUCUUCUGCCAUUGUCGGGAUGACCUUGGACUUGGACCCAGGAGUUGGACUCGGGUAAUAAGAAAUCUUGCACAGAUUCAAAAAUCCACUUUGCGUGAAAGACUUUCCUGUCGCAAGUCCAACAACAUAUACCAAUUGACCAAGAAAGGUGAAAUUUUCUUCUAACAAAAGCUUGAAGAUUGUGGAAGCUCUGGAAACAGUAGAAGCGUUAUAACGAUAUUAAAAAGUGAAAAUAAUUCAUGUGAAAUUUGGGUGAAAAGUCGGAAAUGGGAGCCGGCCUGUUGAUACAUAGAUACGUAAAUGUUUGAAAAAAAAGAAAAAAAAACACCCAAACAAAAUGAAAAUUAUAUUUGUAGAACCCAUUAGUAUAUGGAAUGCUUGAAAAAAUAAAACAAAUAAAACAUUGUACGCGGUGCGUCUUAUGUCGUGAAGACGUUCGGAGCAAACCGCUUGCUAAAUAACUGAAAAAAAAAAAAAAAAAAAAAAUAAGGAAUUAUAUAAUCAUUCCGUCGUUGCAACGUCAUUGAACGCACAUUACGUCAAACCUGUGACGGAAAUCAGAGAAGAAAUUGAAUGAAGAUAUAACAGAUGAGAGAUCAACGAAUAUUAUAUAUUAUUCGUAUAAGGGCAAUUGGCACAAAAAAAAACAACUAAAUCAUUGUCAACCUUCGUCCACAUAAUUAUCAUCAAAUUAUCAAAUCGUCAUCCUCCUCUAAUACGCUGCAUAAGUAUUAAGAUACGACUGUCGCCUACUGAAUGUACAAUAUGUAGUAUUUACCUGUUGUUACCACCAAACCGUCAUCAAAGAUAUUUAAAAAAAAAAGAAAAAAAAUGUAAUUGUACCAUAUAUCA